GCCCGGGCAUUUUGCUGCGUCACCAGCCGCCGCCCGGCCUCACCACCCCUCGUUUGCACGCACGCACGUUCAUUCUCCGUCCUCGCGCCCGUUUUCCUACACUUUCCUCUUCUCCCCGACCGGAGGAGCCGCUCUUUCCGCGCGGUGCAUUCUGGGGACCGAGGUCGAGCCCGCCGCUGCCGCCGUCGCCUGAGGGAAGCGAGAAGAGGCCGCGACCGGGGAGAAAACGCGGAGUCGCCACUGGAGAGAAGUCGACUCCCUAGCAGCAGCCGCCGCCAGAGAGGCCCGCCCACCCGUUCGCCCGUCCCCCUGCCCCGUUCACAAUGUGAGUGCGACACCCCGCCGAGGGAAGGUCGCCCAGAGUGAGGCCGAGGCCGCGUUGGGGGCUCCCUGGAAGCGGCCCUUGCCCUCCCUCUGCUUUUGGCCCCCUAGCCUUUCUCGCAUCGGUGGUGGCAGUCGUUCCUGCCUGGGGGCGGGAGGUCCAGGAUCCUUGUUCCGGUUACCGUUGGCGGGUGGAGGACAUUUUUCCUCCAGAUGUCUGCUUCCCCCACCCCUGAAACGUCCCUUGGCUUCCCUAUACCGGAAAUCCUACUUUUUCCCUCUUUGGCUGUCUGGGCUACUCGCUUCCUUAGGUAACUUCACCUUAGGCCUUAAGCUCCCCGGAGCUGCUCGCCAUGCGGCGCCGUGAAGCGUGAACCCUCGUGGGUCGCCUCGGCUGCUUGGGCGCUCCGGUUCUGCUGCUUUGUGGUCCCCGGGCCAGGCCCUGAGUCGAGUGCACCUGUGGUAGGUGCCGCCAGGUGCCUGGCGAAGCUCCUGGGAGAGCCCCACGCGGGCCUAGCCGUGAGCGGCAGGUACUGCUAGGCAACUAGAGUGAAGCCAUGCCCACGCCGCAACAUACUUCUCUCUCCAGUGUCUGGGUUUCUUGAGUGUGGGUACUUGAAGUCCGCCUCGUAACUCCAGUCUCUUGAAAACACGGGAGGUUGCCAAAACUCAGCCGCUUCCCUGGCAGCGAGGAGGAGUUACCGUUGAGCAGGUAGUUCUGCACGUGUCUGCUUUGGAAAGACACGGACAUUUUCUGUGUUCCAUGUUAAACCUGAGGCAGCCUGCUUCUGCAAAGUGGUACGAUCGAAGGGACUAUGUCUUCAUUGAAUUUUGUGUUGAAGACAGUAAGGAUGUUAAUGUAAAUUUUGAAAAAUCCAAACUUACAUUCAGUUGUCUCGGAGGAAGUGAUAAUUUUAAGCAUUUAAAUGAAAUUGAUCUUUUUCACUGUAUUGAUCCAAAUCUUAAUUGGCUUAGUGUCGACUUCAAUAAUUGGAAAGACUGGGAAGAUGAUUCAGAUGAAGACAUGUCUAAUUUUGAUCGUUUUUCUGAGAUGAUGAACAACAUGGGUGGUGAUGAGGAUGUAGAUUUACCAGAAGUAGAUGGAGCAGAUGAUGAUUCACAAGACAGUGAUGAUGAAAAAAUGCCAGAUCUGGAGUAAGGAGUAUUGUCAUCACUUGGAUUUUGAGAAAGAAAAAUAACUUCUCUGCAAGAUUUCAUAAUUGAGAGAAUUCCUGAGUUGAUAGCUCUAAAGGCAGAUGCUGUAUUUGCCUACUUUAACCCAUUUUUCAACCUGUUUGUUUUUUAAAAGGCUUCACUAAGGGUUGAUAUGUACCAUUGUAUGGGGCAAUUUUAAGUCAGCUAAGGCAAUAACCUUAUGCAUGAACAUUUCCCAGACUUUCAUGAAGCUGUUGAGGUCCUAAGCAAUUGAUGCAGCUGUUGUGAUAAAUAGAAACAUCUCACCUAAGUCUCCUUUUCUUCAUAACAUAGAUACUGACAUGAUAGGAAGCUCUCAGCUUAGGGAAAGAUAACUAAAUUUUAGAUUAUAGGACAUGGAUUCAAAAGUGGCUGGAACAAAUUGGCUGACACCUUACUGGUAACCUGCUGUUCUCCUGGUGUUCCUUCAGGAUUGUUCCACUAAAAUUUAUUUUUCAAAAAAUUUACUUCACAUUAUUCUAUGUAAGUGAUCACUUGUCAGUGUUCCAGGUGUAUCUUAGCUAAAACUAGAGAAUGCCCUAACUUAGAUGGUUUUUGAAGCCUAUACAUUUGGUAUUGUUUGACCCUUAAGCUUUUACAUCUCUUAGCAUGGAGGACGAAGAAAGCUGUACAUUGUUGCUUGAGAGUCUGUACAUUUAGACCAGAUUUGUAUUUGCACUGUCAAGUAUGGCAAAUGAGUGAAAAAUGUUUAAUACACUAUUGGAUUUUUUAUUUCUUUUUUUGAUUCAGCUUAUACCAGGGCUGAAAACCUCAAUUUAUGUUCAUGACAGUGGGGAUUUUUUUAAAUGUCUACAUUCUUUCUAAUAAACUGUUGGAAGACUUCUUGGCUGUCCUUUUAAGUGUCUGGCUUACUGUAAUUUUUAUGUAUUUACCAUUUACUGGAAUGGAGUUAUUUUUAUUUGAGGAAGAAUUUGGGAUUAUUCCUCUGUUUGAAAAAAGAGGCUUGCUGUAAUGUCACAGGAAACCUUUUAAAAGUGGAUCUGUAAUAGAAUAUUGUAGAUGCACUUUGCAGCAGUUGGAAAAGAAAGUGUUGUGAUUUGAUUGAAAUAAAACUAAAUGUGUUGUCCUCCU